AUGUCUACAAAUGUGAUUGCAAUUCUCAGUGUCUCCGACAAGACUGGUCUGAUUGAGUUUGCAAAGCAGCUCAGCCAGGCUGGCCUGAAGCUGGUGGGCAGCGGCGGCACUGCAAAGGCCAUUCGCGAUGCGGGCAUGUCAGUGACCGACGUCUCCGCCAUCACCGGCCACCCUGAGAUGCUGGGCGGACGGGUGAAGACUCUGCACCCUGCAGUGCACGGCGGCAUCCUCUCCCGGAAGAUCGCCUCCGACGUGGCGGACAUGGCCAAGCAGAACUACCAGUUCGUGAGCGUCGUCGUCUGCAACCUGUACCCCUUCGUGCAGACCAUCUCCAAGGCGGGCGUCACCAUCGAGGACGCCGUGGAGAACAUCGACAUUGGCGGCAUCACACUGCUGCGCGCCGCCGCCAAGAACUACGCCCGAGUGGCCAUCGUCUGCGACCCCGCCGACUACGGUCGAGUGGGCGGCGAGCUGCUGGCCACCGGCGCCGUCAGCGAGGCCACUCGCCAGAGUCUGGCGGUGAAGGCUUUCAACCAGACCGCCGCCUACGACGCCGCCAUCUCCAACUACUUUCGCGGACAGUUCAGCGCUGGCGUGUCGCAGCUGUCGCUGCGCUACGGCAUGAACCCCCACCAGAAGCCGGCGCAGAUCUACACCACCAGCGGUCCGCUGCCGGUCACCGUCCUCAACGGCUCGCCGGGCUUCAUCAACCUCUGCGACGCCUUCAACGGCUUCCAGCUGGUGAAGGAGCUGAAGAGGGCGCUGGGCAUGCCGGCGGCCACCUCCUUCAAGCACGUCAGUCCGGCGGGGGCGGCCGUCGCUGUGCCGCUCACCAAGGAGGAGGCUCGUCUGUGCAUGGUCGACGACCUGGAGCUGUCGCCCAUUGCCACCGCCUACGCCCGUGCCCGAGGCGCCGAUCGAAUGUCCUCAUUCGGCGACUUUGUCGCUCUUUCCGACAAGUGCGACGUGGCCACGGCGAAGAUCAUCUCUCGAGAGGUCUCCGACGGUGUCGUUGCCCCUGACUACGAUGAAAAGGCGCUGGAGAUUCUGUCGAAGAAGAAGAAUGGCGGCUAUUGUGUGCUCAAGUUUGACCCCAACUACGAGCCAGGAAUGCAGGAAAUUCGCACCCUCUACGGCAUCACCAUGGAGCAGAAGCGCAACGACGCCGUCAUUGAUGAGAAUCUCUUCCGCGAGGAGAAUGUCAUUGUCAAGUCGGGAUCGAUCUCGAAAGAGGCGAUUCGCGACCUGAUCGUGGCGACGAUCGCCCUCAAGUUCACUCAGUCCAACUCGGUGUGCUACGCGAAGAACGGCCAGGUGAUUGGCAUCGGCGCCGGUCAGCAGUCGCGCAUUCACUGCACCCGACUGGCCGGCGAGAAGACCGACAACUGGUGGCUGCGACAGCACCCGCGCAUCGCCAACGCCGCCUUCAAGAAGACGGUGAAGCGCGCCGAGGUGUCCAAUUUGGUGGACGCGUACGUCAACGGACUGGUCGGCAAGGAGAUGGACGUCGCCACCUUCAAUGCUGCCUUUGACACGCCCCCAGCACAACUGACGCCGACUGAACGCAGUGAAUGGAUCGGCAAGUUGAAUCAGGUGGCCGUCAGUUCUGACGCCUUCUUCCCCUUCCGCGACAACAUCGACCGGGCCUUCCAGUCUGGCGUCGAGUACAUUGCCAGUCCUGGUGGCUCUACCAACGACCAGUCGGUGAUUGAUGCCUGCAAGGAGCACAACAUUUCCCUUAUUCACACCGGUCUUCGCCUUUUCCACCACUAA